UAUUUGAUUUCACGAAACGUUUCAGUAUAUCGGGCCGCUGGAGGUCCAGUUUUUUUUUAGUUACAUUCUGGCACUUCUUUAUUCCAAGAAAUCUCACUUCUUUAUCUAGACGUAAUGUCUGCGUCUGUCUAGAUUCACAUAUAUGGAUUUCAUCAAGACGCAAGCUGCUCUGUUGCCGUUGAAGUUGAGAAUGCUGGAUGGACGUAAACGACGUCAGGUGCACUGCUCCACCAGGAACGACUGGUUUACAGAUUUGCAAUAUCAAGAACUGUUGCAAAUGGCGUUAGCAUAUAGUCAAGAAGAGAGCAGUCACUGUGAGAUGGCCUCUCGGUCGUCAAAAGGGGUGAAAAUUUAUAGAGCAUCAUCGUUUCAAGUUGUAUUUGCUAUUCGAAGAUGCCCAUACAAAUUUCUGGUACUGGGAGCCAAGCACAGCUUGCCUAAACAACGAGAGACUGUUCUUCGUCAGAGCAAGUUGGUAGGUGUACAGACAAAAGAUGAAGAUACAAAUUCAGAGUAUGAUGUCAAGCUACAAGAGAGCAGACAGUCGGGAGAAAUCAAUUAUCAAAGUUGUCCUGUUACAAGAAAUGUUCUUGUUGCCACCGUAGCACCCUUGUCUACCGACAAGUCUACAGCAGUCCAAGACUUGUUGGCUGUUUGUGGCACUGGUGGAAAGGGUAACCACCAGAGAGCAGCCAACACAGUUUCCAUCUCAUCAUAUUUCAAGCCUGACGACAAACAUCUAAAGCCCAUCAAUGAAGGAAGCCCAAGUAUUGCAGUUCAUCCGCCAUUACUGAAAAAACCAAACCCAAAAUACCAACGAGCAAAGCAAACCAAGGUGAAGGCUUUAUUGAGUCGUUCUAUCAGCAGAGCCAGAAAGUCUCCUUUUCGAGCGCACAACAGGAGACUAAGCAGCAAGCUUCCUACUCGACUGUUUGACAAAUGCCGAUACAGUCGCAAGAAACCACAAUUGUUGAAAACCAAAAGUUUUCAGGAGUUGAAAUGUAGCAAGAGCACGUUGGGGGAAUUAGUAUCGACUUCAAUCGACCAUUGUCACGAUGUCGCAGACAAUGAUGAUGGAGGACAAGUCAACAAUAACUCUGUAACUCCACCACAUACAAUUUGUCUGUGUAGUCCAAUACCUACCAUCACUACAAAAAAAAUUAGUCUAUCACAAGAAGUCACACCAGAACAACAAGACGAAUCGAGAGAACAAAUCAGCAGUUUGUCUCCGACUUAUUUGGCAGCUAACGUGAACACAGUAAAGAGGCAACUAAGAAAGAUAGCUGAAGGACAAGAAUACUGCAAGAGACACGAAGAUUACAAGAAGGGUGGAAAAGCCAGAAGAAACCUUAUGUUUCAAGUCAAUCUCAGUCGGUUCAGUGAAGAGCAGCAGCAGGCUGUUGCCAUGUCAUUGCUCAAAAUCUUUUGUGCAACGUCUGGCAGGCACUUCAACUACGUCAUGGACGUUUUGCUACCAGAAGCUCUCAUUCUCUUGCAAAUCGAGUGCCUGAAGUUUAGUCGAGAGGAGGCUGAAGCCAACGUAGCAGUACCAUAACAUCAAUUCAAAACGAAGACUAAGUAACAAGUAAAUUAUUACAGAAUAUUCAAUUACGUAUACAAAAAUUAGAGAUUUGCGUUCAUAAGUGAGUGACACAUUACGAUACAAGAAGGCAUAGUUAUAUGAGGAGAGUUUGGCAGACUGUUAAGGUUGUUAAGACAAUUUGUUGAAUGUAAGUUAGUAGAGAAAACAGAUACAAGUAAGUUACCUAUUUAUACAA